GCGAGACUCCGUAAGCGACAGAUCGCAGAGAGCAUGAAAAAGGGAGUGGAAUUUUGUUUUUGUGCGAUAUACCCAGGAAGCUUGUAUGGCGACGAGGGAACUUUGUCUGUUCCAUUGUGGGAGUUCGAGGCGAGACGACACGGAUACAUAAUAGCGGACAUUUGUCACAGCUUCGUGAACAGUGGCAAGAGAGAUUCGCUUGAAGGAAGCUCAAGCAGAACGGACGCAGUCCACGAAAACGCCGAGAGGCCAUAGCAACGAUGUAGGCCACAGCAGACGUUAGCAAAGACUAUCCAGCCGAGAAAAGGGCUAUUUAACC